UCUCAAGGACGUUUUCAUGCCUGGGGAGAGAGAGAGAGAGAGAGAGAGAUUCAAUAUGACAGCUACUACAAUCUGGCUCAUCACAAAUCAUUAGAGAGAGCAGAACAUUUGCGAGAAAAACACAAACAAAAUCAGAUAGGUACCGUGCAAACAAAGCUGUGGUCUGUGGACAGAACAGUGAGCAGUGACCAGUGACCAAGCAGACAUACCCGGUUACCCGCUUCACCCAGCAGGCCAGCAGGACCAUCUAGCCUUCUAGUGAGAGCUGGUAACUGCUAUCCUGCGAGUGAUGCCAUUCCUCCCGCGGUGCGUGUGAUGGUGUGACGGUGUGAGUCAGUCUGGCCGAGGGCGAGGGAUCACCACUGCAAGGGCUCUGAGGCAAGCGCGAAAGAAGGCCAGGCAGUGUUAAUUACUGAUGGAAGCAAUGUGUUACCAUACUCCGUGAUGCCAACACGCUGACAUCUCUUCCUUUUAUGCGUUCCCUCUGCUCCUACUUAAGCACACAGAAUGGUUCGCCUUAAGUCAGGUGUGUUUGGCGUGAUGAUGGUGAGCAUAUCAGCCACUACACUGCUGCUGCUGCUCUUCGGUUCCACGCUAAAACUGCCCCCUGCACCAGCCAACAUCAGCUUCCUGCGCGUCCCCCUCAGAGCUCUCAAUGACUUCCACUACAAACAACAACAACAACAACAACAACAGCAGCAGCAGCAGCAGCAGCAGCAACAACAGCAUACCGCCUCCUCCCCUUCAGCCAUCGCUCAGGAGAGCUGCUGCAGCAGUGGUGGCACACGAUGGGUGGAGGGACUGCCACCUCUCUACAUCAUCACACCAACCUACCCAAGGGCAGAGCAAAUACCAGAGAUCACCAGAACUGCUCAAACACUGCUAAAUGUGCCCAAUGUGGUGUGGUUGGUCAGCGAGGACGCCCCAGCAUCCACGCCAGCCCUCACCUCUUACCUCAACCAGUCUUCACUCAAUGCAGUCUAUCUAAGAGCACAAAUGCCGGCCAAGUACAUGAACGCAAAGAACAAACCUCGGGGAGUAGCAAACAGGCUGGCUGGCCUGGAUUGGGUCAGGGCAAAUGCAAAGGACGGCGUGCUUUAUUUUGCUGACGACGACAACACUUACGACAUCCGCAUCUUUGAGCAGAUGCGGUGGACCAAGAAAGUGUCCAUGUUCCCCGUGGGACUUGUUACAAACCUGGGCGUGUCCACUCCUAUAGUUAGACUUGGCAAGGUUGUGGGUUUCUAUGAUGGCUGGAUUGCUAAUAGGAAGUUCCCAGUGGACAUGGCAGGUUUUGCAGUGUCUGUGCCCUUCUUGCUUGCUCACCCUAAAGCCACCAUGCCUUUCAUUGUUGGAUAUGAAGAGGAUGGUUUUCUCAAGAGCCUUGGUAUUACAUCAACUGAUAUUGAACCUCUUGCUUUCAACUGUACCAAAAUAUGGGUUUGGCACACACAGACCAAGAAGAAUGGUGCAGCAGUGCCCGUAGCACAGAACAACAUCACCAUGGGCACUAAUCUGGACAUAAUCAAGGGCUUGCUGUGGAAGGAUCCGAAGGCAACAAAGGGCGCCACUACAACCAACACCAAGGCAAAGGACGCUAAGAAGAAGAAGAGCUGAGGCUGUCUCAUGGUGUGGAGGAAAUGCAAGAAGCUUAAAAGUUAAGACAUAAAAUAAGAGCAAAUGAACAAGGAGAGAUAGACAGGUUGUUAUAGAUGCAGUAGUCCUGAAUUUCCAUCAUAAUUGGAAUAAAAAAUAUUGAUUGAUAUUCAAACUAUCAAGAUGCUUAGUUAACUUCUUAUGGAGAAAAAUGCAUUCGGGACCAAAGCAUUGGUGUAUUUCCUGUGAAUGAUAUAUUUUGCCAAUGUCACCAAUUUCUUCACUUGGUCCUUCUUGUUUUUGAGUGUGGACAUACCACUGCUCUGAGGAAUAUGUUACCUUCACGUCUUUGUAUUUCACUCAUUCUGGCCUUUCUCCACAACUUGUAACCUUUAUCCUUGUCCUCCACAGUGUAUUUGUUCAGGUUUUUGCCCUUAGCAUAAUCACUUUUUUCACUUCUUGGUUUAUUCACAACACCUUGUUGUGGUUCCUACUCUCACUCACCACCUGACCCCUGCAACGGGCUGUUGGGGAAACAAGGUGAAUGGGAGCCAGGUAACCAACCACACGCUGGGUCUGAACAGCUUAUGGCUGACAGGUGCUGGGUGACGGGUGGCUAGUGGCUGGUGGCCGGUGCUGGUACAUCAAACUACCGUUAGGUGGGAGAGCAAUCUAAAAUAAUUGCAUCAUCAUGCGCCAUGUUUGUUGUGAUGUAAGCAGACCAAAAAAACAUUGCUUGAGAUUGGUGCCAUUUGAUGAGAUGCCUGUUGGCAGUGCAAUUGAGACGAGAAUGACUGAAAUUUGUGACAUUACUGAUACAGUUAAAUAAGUUGUUAUGUAGAUGGAUAAACUGAUAGAUAGUUAUGGAUGGAAGGGUGGAGAGAAGAAAUAGUAUUGUGAUCUUGUGAUAACAAACCACAAACCACACACACACACACUAGUGUGCAUUUCUUACAUAUAUAAUGUUCAUCCUGUACAUAAUAAUCAAAUGUUGAACACUUGUUAGCAAUUCCUGCUUUUCUUUCUUUGCAAACAAAGUGAGCAGCACGCCUCGCAAGAGUGCAAGAUCAGUGUUAUAGUGACGGGUAUUCUUUGCUGUGAGAAUAAGUGAAGUUAUGGUGACUGGUUUUUGUCCAUUCCAUGGCCCUUAAAAAGCCUGGGUAUGCUGUACAGAAAAAGAAAAACUAGUGAAAAACAAAUGAAUAAAUGAUGUUUGCUAUUUUCUCUGUGUAAUAUCUUGUUAUUAUUGUUCUUAUUACUAUUAUUAUUAUAUCAUCAAAGUAUUACUGUGAUGAUGUGCUAAGUCAAUACAAUGAUUUUCUCUCUCUCUCUCAUGUUUAAUUAUGCACUGUAUAAAUUUGUCAUCUCAUUGCAUUAUUUUCAUGAUGGUUGUAUUGAUAAAUAUCCUUAAAGAAAUGUGAUAAUGAGAAUAAGUUGUUUUAGCACC